AUGUCACAAUUAUUUAUAUAUGCCUCGGUGUUGCUCCUUCUGUUGCUGCUGCCCUCGGCCAAUGUGGCCCGCCAAACAUCCAUGAAGGACUCGCUAAAGGCCGCCCUGCUCCUCUCUGGAAACUUUAGAGACGUUGGCUUUAAUUAUGCAUGCAACCAAGCCUUCAUGGAGAUGGAGAGUGCGCUCCAGCUCAACGGCCGCACCAGGGUCGUCAAUGACAUUAACUCCUACGAGCAGACGACCGACGCCAUCAAUGCCCUGAUUCGUGAUGGUUUCAAUUUUAUCAUUGGAAGCUCGAUCGAGCACAUGGGUUCCCUCAAUGAUAACGCACCAAAGAACCCAGACGCAUUCUUUUUGGUCAGAUGGAUGACCACGCCGGCUGCGCCCAACAUCAGGAACAUUUUCAUUGACUUUGGCAUAGGUCACUACCUCCAGGGCUACUUUGCCGCCCUGCAGACCAAGACGCAACAGAUUGGAAUCAUCACUCCAGGUCCCCCCGCAUUCGGCUACGUCACAGCCAACUCCUUCUACCUGGGAGCCAUGGCCUACAACGAUAAGGUCAAGGUGCACUCCAUCGAGACUGGCUCCUGGAACCCUGACAUCGAGAUCGCCGAAGGUGCCACCAACUACCUGAUAGACUUGGGUGUCGAUGUCUUGACCAACAGCCAGGACGACCUCACCGUGCAACAGGUGGCCUCGCUUCGCAACACGACCUCAUUCGGCACAUCUGGUGCAUCAAUCUCCAAACUGCUCGGAUCGACCAUUCUCACCAGUAUCAUCACCAACUGGGCUCCAUGUUACCUUGCCGCCGCCAAGGACAUUGUCGAGGGCAACUGGAACCAUCCAACCGGACUCUACAACAAUAUAGGUGUCUACUUUGGCACACUUGCUGAGGGUGGUAUCAAGUUGGACACACCUUACAGUUACAUGGUUUCCAAUGAUACAAUCUCCAAGAUGGAUACACUUAUGACCAAGUUAAAGAACAUAUCACAAGAGGAUCAACCAUACACUUUCAAUCCAAUUUACGCAGAGAGUCCAUAUAAUUCCUCAAGAUUGAAUGAGUUCAUUUUACUAAAGAGUGAAUUCCUCCUCCCUGGAGUUGUCAACCAUCACAGAUACGUCAUUCCACCAACUGAGUACAAGGUUACAAACUCAAUCAAGUAUGGAUUCUCAAUCACUGCUGGAAUUGUUGGAUUCUUGGCACUUUUGAUUAUGAUUGCUUUGGUCAUCUUCCGCAAGACUAAUAUUAUGCGAUCGGCCAGUCCACUGUUCUGUAUUCUCAUUGUGUUUGGAGGCAUGCUCAUCUACACUGGUGUCAUCCUCUGGGUGCAAGACCCCACGGCCGCAUUGUGCCGCGCACGUGUCUGGAUGCUGUCGCUCGGCUACACCAUCCUGCUGGGCAACAUGGUGAUCAAGAACUUCCGCAUCUGGCUCAUCUUUGACAACCCCCACUUGAAGCGCUUGAAGAUCACCAACGCCAAGCUGUUCCCAUGGUUGUGCGGCAUCGUCCUGAUCAACUGCACCAUCCUGGCCGCCUGGACCGGAGUCGGCGAGAUCAAUGCCAACCCCUUCUACGGCUUCGAGGGCAUCAGGCAAUACGACUACCGUACCGUGUGCGACUCUAACCACGACGGCAACACCGUGCUCUACAUCCUGCUCAUCUACCACGCCGUCCUCCUCGUCAUUGGAUGUUUCGUCUCGUGGAAGAUCCGUGUCGUCGACAUCUCCGAGUUCAACGAGUCCAAGCCCAUCGCCAACACGCUGUACGCCAUCUCCUUCUGUCUGUUCAUCAUCAUCCCGCUGAUGGUGGCCCAGCAGAACUACGACGGCAAGAUCAUCAUCAUCUGCGCGUCGGCCAUCUUCACCACCGCGUCCGCACUGGCCAUCCUGUUUGUGCCCAAGUUCUGGCGCCUCUACACCAAGGGACUCGACGCCGAUCCCUUCUCAUCGUCCAAGUCGCUGUCAUUCGGCAACUCCACCAUGCAGCGCGGCAACUUUGCCGGCACCCUCGGUGCCUCUGAGAUGGAGUCGCUGCCAGCGACCAACACCAACAACAGCAGCGCGGGUUCCACUACCGACCACAAGUCGAUCAGCGCCCAGCAGGAUCUCGAGUAA